AUGAAAAAGGGUACUUAUCUACUUGAAGUUUGGGGACCUCAUGCUGGUUCACGUAUAGUUGAUGAAAAAGGUUAUGGUGGUUAUAGUUAUGCGCUUGUUUAUAUACCUAAAGAUCAAAUAAUCCAUCUUUAUAUAGGUGGAAUGGGCGAAUAUUAUUUUAAUGAUAAUAGGCUGACUUAUAAAGCAUUUAAUGGAGGGGGCGCCGGAUGUAUAUAUGGUGGCAGCGGUGCUACAGAUUUCAGAAUAGAUACUAAUCUUAACUCUAGGUUCUUAAUUGCUGGUGGAGGUGCCUAUGACCAUAACCAAGCUUCCAGCAGUGCUAAUACAUAUGAUAUCGGAGGAGGAAUUAAAAAUACCCCUACUGAUGCCAAAUUUUUUGGAAAUGGUAAGAGUUAUUCAGCUGUUUCAGAAUGUAAAAAAUUUAAAAGUGAUUCCCCAACUACUGGUUAUUAUGUAUUUUAUUCAGGUGGUGGCUGUGGUCUUUAUGGUGGAGAUGCUGGAAAAGGAGGUUCAGGUUUUGUUUAUCUAACAAGACAUCCUUCUUCUAUAAGAGAUAUAAAUGAAAUAUUUGUGAUUGAUGGUCGAACAUACUCCGGUUUAAACUAUUUUAUAGAUGGAAGAGCACAAAUAUCCCUAUAUUCUAAUGCUGAUAUGUAUAAUUUUGGACCACGAAGAAUAAGUGUUUUCUUGGGAAAUUAUAUUUAUUCUCAAUCACAUAUAUUAGCGGCAUAA